AUGACUCAGGCCAGACCCAAUGCUGGCAACUAUGAAAGGGCAGAAGCCUGGAAAGGCAUGGUAAAGAUCAAAUUCAAGAUCAAGAGAACUGCACAACGGACUAUUCCUCUCCACAACAAAUUUCAAACUCCACAGAUGACGGACAUUUUCUCCAAGAACAAUGAACAAAGAACAGAAAUCGCAACACCAAAUAUGCAAUGGCUUGGUGCUUUGGAAGGCACGGAGAAUGGCGAAUGGGAUGGGGGCUGGGCUGGUAAACGCCAGCAGAAGGGGUUGGAGGCCAAAACAGAUCAAUGA